AUGGCUGUCAAGGAUGCAGGAAUAUCAAACGGACUCGACAGAGUUGAGGUCGGCCUCGGUGGGCCCCGCGGCUGGGAGAGUUUCGGAGGUUAUGCCGAAUGCAGGGGCGAUGCUUUCCGAGGGGUCAGCAUCGACGCCUCCCUCCUGAAGCCCCUUUGCGUGGGUGUGGACCCCCAGGAGCACCGGGCUCGAGAGCAGGAGAGGGAGCAGAUGAAGACCCUGAACAACCAGUUUGCCUGCUUCAUUGACAAGGUUUGCCAGCUGGAGCAGCAGAACAAGGCGCUUGAAACCAAAUGGAGCCUCCUGCAGCAAUGCGUUCCUCCAGUCCCCAGGAAAAACCUGGAGCCGUGCUUUGAGAAUUACAUCUGCAGCCUCAAGCAGCAGCUGGAGGCUUUGGUGCAGGACAAAGACCAACUGGCCGGUGAGGAGUCAGCCUCAAGGCAGCGGGUGGAUGACUUGCAGUGCAAAUACGAAGAGGAAAUCAGCUGGCGCACAGCGGCAGAGGCAGAAUUCGUGGUGCUCAAGAAGGAGGUAGACUGCAUCUUGCUGCACAACGGAGAGCUGGAGGCGAACGUGAGCUUAUUGCGGCGGAAACUGGCGUUUCUGAGAGGCGUGUUCGAAGAGGAGAGAGCCCAGGUAGAGGGCCGGUUUCGCGAUGCCGCCGUUGUGGUGAAAAUGGACAACCGCAGGGACCUGGACAUAGACUGCAUCAUCAAGAACGUUGACAGCUGGUAUAAAGAGAUUGCUCUGAAGAGCAAAGAAGAAGUUGACGCUUUGCACCAUACCAGGUUCCAGGAACUUCAGGACCAAAGGGACCGAUUCCGUGAGGCGCUGGAGAGAAACAAGUGUGAGGUUGCCGAACUCACCCGGCUGACCCAGGUGCUGCAGGGUGAGACAGACCAUGUAAAGAAACAGCUCGCCUGUCUGCAAGCAGCCAUCGAUGACGCAGAGCAGCGCGGCCACUGUGCCCUGACCGACGCGCGUGGCAAACACACGGAGCUGCAGAGCGCUCUCCGGAACGCCGAGGAUGAGCUGGCCGGGAUGCUGCGGGAUUACCAGGCGCUGCUGAAUGUCAAGCUGGCCCUGGAUAUCGAGAUCACGACAUACAAGACCCUGCUGGAAGGGGAAGAGAGCAGGAUAUGUUCGGGGACCCCCGUGAGCGUAUCGAUGGUGACCAACUCCUCCAACCUCGCCGGAGACUGUGGGCCAGUGCCCGGAGGCGCAAGCGGAGGUGGCUACAGCUCUGGGUAUAGAUACGAUUCGCUAGGGCGGGGGUUCAGCUCCCAAAGCUUAGGAGUCGGCCCCAGACGGGCGGUCAGCGUCGCAGGCCACCAAAGCAUCCCUGAAGGUGCCGACAGUCGUCCCCCUGGAGGAUUCAGCUCUAGAAGCGGGAGCUGCAUAUCCAGAAGCGUGGUCACCUCGGUGUGUAGCCACCACCUCCCGGGAGGUGCACAAUGGGGUCCACCCGAAGGCGUCGUCCCUGACGAUAGCAGUUACAGUUCUAAGGUUGUCACCGGCUCGGGAAGCCAAUGGCAGGUCUCCGGAGGCGCUGCCUGCUGCCCGGGUGGAGGCUACAACGUCACCAAUGGAUAUCCUGGAAAUGGUGUUUACACCUUUGAAACCGGAGGAUUUAUCAUCCAAUGUUUAGGCAACUCCCCGGCCGGAGGACCCAGCACUGGCAUUGUGGGUACCUCAGGCGCCGGGGCAGGCCACCCUGGAGUUCCAGGAAGUUGUGAAGUAGUGAAAGAAACCUACAUAACCAGGAAUAUCCCAGUACAAAGCCACCCUGUCCAAAGUAGUCUGCAGUAAAUUCUCACCGCCACACAAAUUGCAAAAUCCCUGUCCGACUGGAAGCAUCCAUUAGGCUGGGAGUGAUGUCUCAUGGGAGUUACAUUUUCAGUAGUCUCCUCGUUGUGAAUGUGCAUUUGUUAGAAGCCUUACUAAAGUCAUGUCUCCUUGGAGGAUCGACUCUCUGGCGAUCCAUCUUCCGGGGGUUGAUUUAGAGGGUCUAGUAAAGACCCACUAAAUCAAACGCUGAGGGCACCCCUGUUGGCGCUGGUACUCCUCACUCUUCUGAGGAGUAAGGGAAGUCAACGGGAGCAUUUCUCCCACCAACGUAGCUGGAGUGGCAUAUCGUAAGCUGACCUUAUGGGUGUAGCAUAGACCUGGUGUAGCCGGUAUUCACUGGCGUAUCUCACCCUUCAGUUCAUAGUGUCUUUGUAUUUCAAUGAUUCACCACCUUUAGGCAUUUUCUGUGCUGCAGAACGGCCCUCCCAUGAGCUCGUUAAUUGCGUUGCCCUCUCUCUGGGUUUUCUCACAACUGGCGGCUUGAUGAACCAUGCGACUUGUACAUGGAAACAUGCUCUUCCUACAGCAUCUUCAAAAAGUAAUUCAGAACAUAGAGCAGUGAUCUAGUGCUCCCAGAGGGUGCUGAAAAGAGAGUCUCUCUCUCUCUGUAAGAUGUAGAACUUCAUUUUGAGAGCUCUUAAAGAAACGUUUUCCAACGCAGGUAUGUCCAUUUUGAAUAAAAGGAAUUUCCGUUUCCAAAGCAUAUUCUGUUUACACUUAAAGAACAGGAGUCCUAGAGCCCCUUAGCAACCAACAAAAAUAAAUAGUAUCAUGAAUUUUGUAGCUUGCUUGCAAUUAAGUACAUGUUGUACAGGCCGUUCUCGCUAGGAGUCCAAGAGAUGUUCCAAAAAUCUUGGACUUAUAGCGAAACAACUUAAAGCGGGCUUGGUUUUCAAAAACCUUCUGCAUUCACACUAGGCUUGAAUAAUUGAUUUUUCAGUUCAGCGUCUGAAGCAAAAAAUCAGACUAAAAAAGGUUUCCAAUAACCAAUUUAUUUUUUGUUUCUCACCAACACGGAAAAUGGAAAAUGUUUCAUUCGAGUCGAAACAAAACAUUUUGUGGGUCAAAUUUAAACGAUGUUUUCUAGAGAAACCAUGGAAUCCGACUGAUGUUUUCUAAGCAGGAUGUGGAAUCAAAAUGACACUCUCGAAUCAAUGCGUUUUGAUUUUUUCCUAACUGAAUUACUACCAUCUUUCUGAUAUUUUUGCUUGAAAUUAUUUUUAGCAAAGACUGUUUGCCAGAUUCAACCUAAAUUCCUGUAUAGUUCUGGUAUCUUGAAAGAAUACAUUUUUCAUCCAGUUUUAUCUUUGUCAUAAAAACAUAAGAACAUAAAAACGGCCGUACUGGGUCAGACCAAAGGUCCAUCUAGCCCAGUAGC